ACUGGGGGUGUUUUAGUGUGUCUGUGUCUGAACGCAGGUGCGUUUCGAAGGGUUAUUAGCAGGAUCUUACAGGGGGAAAAAGAGGUUAUUGUAGCGGUCUAAGGAGAGAAGGAGGCUAACAGCUUCUCGCUAGCAGUGCAGCAUUGUUGUGCAGUGUCUGUCGCGGGCCUGUUUAGGAGAUACUGCUUGGCUCAAGGGAAGUCAGCCUCAGCCCAGAGACUGAUGGCUGGCUUCAGCUUCGUGUGUGCUGUGCUGCUGUGCGCCUCUGUGGCAAAUGCGAAGCCAACUUUAAGGAAGGAGCGAGUCAUUCAUCAUGACCCAGAGCUGAGCAGGCAAGCUCACGAAGACAAUAAGAGCUACCAGUACGACCAUGAGGCCUUUCUGGGCAAAGAGGAGGCCAAAACGUUCGACCAGCUCACCCCGGAGGAGAGCAAAGACAGACUCAGUAAAAUUGUAGACCGGAUAGACAGCGACACAGAUGGCUUCAUCACAACAGCUGAGCUCAAAGCCUGGAUAAAGCGUGUGCAGAAGCGUUAUGUGUAUGAAAAUGUUGCAAAGGUGUGGACUGAUUAUGAUCUGAACAAAGACAACAAGAUCUCGUGGGAUGAGUACAAGCAGGCCACGUAUGGAUAUUAUCUUGCUAACCCAGAGGAAUUUGAAGAUGACACGGACCAGUUCAGCUUCAAGAAGAUGCUUCCUCGAGAUGAGAGGAGGUUUAAAACGGCUGAUCUGAACAACGACUUGGCAGCAGACAGGGAAGAGUUCACGGCCUUCCUCCACCCCGAGGAGUUCGAACACAUGAAGGAUAUUGUUGUUUUGGAAACACUGGAGGACAUAGACAAAAACGGCGACGGACAUGUGGAUGAGGACGAGUACAUUGCUGACAUGUUUGCGCACGAGGACGGGGGACCAGAACCAGACUGGGUCAAGACUGAAAGAGAACAAUUCUCUGACUUCAGAGACUUAAACAAAGAUGGGAAGAUGGACCAGGACGAGAUCCGACACUGGAUCAUGCCACAGGAUUAUGACCACGCUCAGGCUGAGGCCAGACAUCUUGUGUARGAGUCUGACCAGGACAAGGAUCAGAAGUUGACCAAAGAGGAGAUCCUCGAGAACUGGAACAUGUUUGUAGGAAGUCAGGCCACAAACUAUGGAGAGGACCUCACCAAGAACCAUGAUGAGCUCUGAGUCUGUGUGUGAGGAGGACUGUCUUUAAAGACACAAUCACAGACUYCUAAACUUCCUCCCACUGUUGCUAGCACCACUCCAACAUUCAAUAAAACAGUGAGACAGACUUGAUAACUGACACUUUUGAUGCCAAACAACUGGACAUCUGAGUCGGUUUUAUGACGAUCUGAAGUGUUUUUUUUUUUUUUUUUCAGUUUUCAUAUUGAUGGUUUUGUUUCUGACAUUCAGGAGUGAAACCAGAGCCACUGAACAUAACUUUUCAUCAGUUGGUGCCUUCAAGCUGCCUUCGAGGCAGCAUCCCGUGCUGCUGCCGAGAUUUGUUUCAGAUAAAACUCGUCAGAUACAAGAAGAGUUUGUGAUAGCAAUAGUAAUGUGAAAUCUGAACCCGGAGCAUUGAUCAUGAUUUGAGUUGUUUUAUUUUCUGAGAGGAACACGGCGUUCCUUUAGCAAUCUUAUUCUGUUUUUCCUUCUGAACACACAAUGUUUCAAUAGCCCCUUUCACAAAACACUUGAAAACAAAACUCUUCAAGCUCUAACUGAGAUGUCCUCUUCUCCUCCCCGUUUGAUUUAUGAAGUCAACCCACUGCUGUUACGCCUCUGAGCCACCAAGMGAAGUAGUUGCAGAGCUUACAUGGUCAGUAUAUGUUAUAGUAAUACAGUAUCUCAGUAUCUCAGUAUCUCAAGGAUGUGAUGUAGUGACGACAAAACGGACUGCGCAAACAGCCGACAGUGGGAUUUAGAUGAGCAUGUGUUUAGCACCUUUUUUAUGUGUAGUUUUUCACAUCAAUGCAGUUAUAUUUCACGCCUCCUACUGUCCUGCAGUGCCAGCUUUAUUUGUGAAAGCUCAAACUGCAACAGGACCGGUCUGGCGCAAUCAUCUUUGCAACCUUUUUGUGAAAGGGGCUUUUGUUUACUUUUUCUACAGCUGUUCAACUUACUGUUUAUGUGUGUGUUGAAUUUAGUUUUAAAUGCUUUAUAAAUUAAGUGAUACGUGGCAUUGUUUUUGCACCCAUUUGGUUUUAGUGUAAUUUGUGAACAUCUGUUUUUAACACUAGUAUUUAUUGGUACACACUAUACUUCUUACAAUGUUAUUUCCUSUAAUAACUGAACUUUACUGUUUACAAUUUUAAUGUUUACUUGUAGUUUUAAGCCAUUUGGCUACAGUAUUUAAAAUGAGAAAGUAAAUUCCUUGCUUUCUGA